AUGAAUAACAACUCUUGGACUCCCUGUGCCCAAUACAAAUGCUAUCAGUGUAUCUCAACUAGUGACAACCAAGAAGAUUGCGAAUCGAGUGACACAGAUAAACUGAAGCCGUUCAUCAAGAACUGCCCAGUUCUUCAAGAAGGAACGUUCAAAGGAUCACAGGCGAAAGGAUGUCGAAAAAUCAUUCAGACCGUUGAGAGCAAGCAGUCAAUUAUCCGUGAAUGUGCCUAUUCAGGAGAGGUAGUCGACGGGCAAAAGAAAACCGGAAACUGGGGUAUCAACAUGUACUACUAUCAAUGCGAGAAUACGGUAAGACUAUUAGAUUGUGUUGUUUUGUAG